AUGCCUGGCAAACGCAAACACCUCACUAUUCAGCAAAAGAUGGAAGUCAUCAAAAUACACGAUAAAGGUGCUAAAUGUGUACAUAUUGCCACAGAAAUGCAGUGUGGAAAAACACAGAUUCAAACGAUCGUAGCUGAUAAACAAAAAAUCAAAGCCCUCUGGGAAAGUGGUUCCAAUCCUGCAAUGAAAGUGACCAAAGUGAGAAAAACUGCCAAUCAUGAGCUCAAUGAACAGGUGUUUGAAUGGUUUUGCAAUGCUCGAUCGAAAGACAUUCCAAUCACUGGCAAAUUAAUCCAAGAAAAAGCAGUCAUGCUCUCUGUCGAGCUUGGUCUUGAUGAUUUCUCUGCCUCAAAUGGCUGGCUAGAUCGUUUCCAGAAACGGCACAACAUAUCCUGUUCUGUCCUGUCUGGUGAGGGGGCGUCAGUCAACGAGGAGACGGUCAACGACUGGUGCAGCCGUCUGGAGAGCAUGUGCGAGGGGUACAGUCUCAAAGAUAUGUUCAAUGCCGAUGAGACUGGCCUCUUCUAUCGUGCUCUCCCAACCCGCUCCCAAGUCAUUCGCGGCGACAAGUGCCACGGGGGCAAGUAUUCAAAGGAGAGGAAAACCGUACUACUUGGCUGCAGUGCGACAGGCGAGAAGCUCGCCCCCCUCGUCAUCGGUCGUGCUGCCAAUCCCCGAUGUUUCCGUGGCUAUUCAACGUCUUCAUGUCUUGCUGCCUGUCACCUACCAAGCCAACAAACGUGCCUGGACGACAUCCACAAUUUUCAAAGACUGGCUCCAAAAAAUGAACAACAAAAUGACUUGAAAAACGUAAAAUCAUAA